AUGAUGAACUCAACAAAGAACUCUUUAACAAAUCCUGACAAGUUUGAGGAAGCUUUUGCCAAAAAUACUGUUAUUGUUUUUUUUGGUAUCAUGAUCAAUACCAUUAACGGGAUAUUGGUUGUAACAUUUUUCAAAAAUUCCAUUUUUCACGAUGAUCCCCGGUAUAUCCUGUAUAUACAUCUGGUAAUCAAUGACAUGCUGAUGAUUUUUACAUCAGUAACUCUCUAUGUUCUGACAUAUGCAUGGCCUUUUGUAAAUGUUUCAGUUUGUUGUAUACUGCUUCUUAUUGGAUCAACCACUUACAAGAACACUCCACUAAACCUGGCCGGUAUGGCUAUAGAGCGCUACAUUGCCAUUUGCAAACCAUUACACCACCCUCAGAUCUGCACUGUACAUAGGACCUACAUAUUCAUAUACUUUAUAUGGACAGUUGGAGUUGCUCCUAGUGUGACUGACAUUAUAAUAGUAAUUGCCACCAAGCCUUUGUCAGUUUUUAUGUCAUUUAUUUUCUGCUACCCCCUAAGCAUAUUUAACACAAAAUAUCAUGAGGCACUUACAACAGCUGUACAAGUUAUUUACAUGUCAUUUGUGUGGAUAGUUCUUAUUUUCACAUAUAUUAGAGUAUUACUUACAGCUAAAAAGGCUGCAGUAGACAGUUCUGCAAAAAAGGCUCAGAGCACAAUAUUGUUACAUGGGAUUCAGUUGCUCCUGUGUAUGCUGUCUUAUCUCACUCCAGUUUUAGACAUGAUUUUGAUUCCUUUUUUCCCAGCUCACAGAACAAAAAUCACCUUCUUCAAUUAUCUCCUCACAAAUAUUAUUCCAAGACUGUUAAGCCCACUCAUCUAUGGGAUUCGAGACCAUAAAUUUCUCAAGCAUAUGAAAGGCUACUUCUCAUGCAGAUUAAUCUUUGUGAAGGUGCGGCCAAAAUAA